AUGGAGAGCGACGACGACGUUGAGCUAUUGCCUCCAUCUCCUGUCCACGAACGGAAGCUUAGGCGUUUGAAGAAAGCAACUAGGGUUCCCGAACCUUCUCACUCUCUUUCCUCUCCCACCGUUUUUUCUGAAUCGGGAAACGGCGAAGAACAAUUCACGGUGUCAAACGGAGAAUCUGGGCCCGAACCUGAAUCUCAGGUCCCAAGCCCAAGCCCAAACCCUCAACCCGACUCUCCGAUAGGCGUAACCGUCAACGACGAUGGUUUGGGCGCGAAGAGGGUUCUGGAUUUUGAUUUUGUAAUUGAGGAACACAAAAAAGUUGAUGGGGAGAGUCAAGAGGUUAAUGAUCCGAAGAACAGUGAUGAGGUCAGGGAUCUGAAGGCCAGCGAUAAGGUUAGGGUUUUGAAUACCGACGAAGUAGAGAGGAAACGACGUAGUUCAAAUGACUUGCCGGAGAAUAAAAAGAAGAGAAUCGACGGCGGUGAUGGAAGUGAAAAGAAACUUAAAGAAUCUGCCACCAAUAAGAGAAAGGCCGAGAAGGAAAGGCGAGAAACUAUGAAACAGCUUCGAGCCGAGUCUCAAAGGCUUCUUCGAGAAACUAGAGACGCGACUUUCAAACCUGCUCCUCUGGUUCAGAAGCCAAUUUCUUCGAUAUUGGAUAAGAUUCGGCAGAGGAAAUUGGAGAUUUUAAAAUCUAGUGCUUCUUUUGAAGAUAAUGACGAUAUCAUGGUGGAUGAGGAGAUACCUGAUAAUGUAGAAAAGGCUGAACCGAAAGACAUGGCAGCCACAUGCCCUGCAGCCACAAAUAGUGCCUCUGACACGUUAAAUAUUGGUGAAUCUAAUGAUUCUAAAGAUAAUCCAAGCUCUGAAAGCAUUCCUUCUCCCACGGCAGUGGGUUUGGAGUCUGAACAUACAUUUCGAGCUCCAAUUGGAGAAACACAGGAACUCUUCUCUGAUUCUGAAAGAAGUGGUAUUAAGGAAGAGGCUGUAAAUGAGAAGUUUAGCAAUCCUUCGGAACAAGUUUUUGCCCCACCAAUGCUUUCAAUGAACUUGAAACUUGAUUCUGUCCUUCAUGAUGAUGAUGAUGAUGAUGCUGUAUCUUCUGAUGAGGAGGAAAAUGACAAGGAGAAUGUAGAUCCACAUGUACAUGGAUCGGUUCACUUGACUUUACUACCAAAUGGUGACCCUGUUAGGGCUUUUGUUGAUGAAGAAGCAGAAGAGGAAGAUGACAGUGAUCAUGACCUACAGCGUUUUCAAGACAAUGAAGGUGAAGAGGAAGAUGAUGAUAUUGAAGAACUUAAUGACAUUAUUGCAACUCAAUAUGAUGAAAAACCAAAUGACAGAGAAAAGCGUGACCAGCUCCACCAACAGUGGCUUCGGCAACAGGAUACAGCUGGAGUGGAUAAUCUGCUCCAGAAACUUAAUUGUGGUUCAAAAUUGAAAGGAACACCAUCACUUGUAGAGGAAGAUGAGGAAAGCAGAGAAAGUGAAACUAAAAAUGACGAUGAUGAAGAUUCUGAAGCUGAAGAAUACACUGCUCAAGCAGAAUCUUUGAAGGCCACUUUGAAAAAGAUGAAGCAGAUGAUACCACAAAUGUUUUCAGAUAAAGAUGAUAAGUAUGUAUCAUCUGAUGAAGAAACUGAGGAGAAGCUAGCUAGACAAUGCCUCUAUUAUAAAACUGAAGAGAGAGCUACAUUAUAUUCACCAGCCGAGGACGAAAGUACCAGGGGUGUUUUCAGUCUCAUAAAGAAAUUAAAUGUGCCCGAUCCCAAGAGAAAAGGGAGAUCUACUUCCAUCUUUGCUAUGCCGACCAUUGGACAGAACAUACAAAUAUCAUCAAAGUCAUCUUUUGUCGGCCGGGCUUCAGAUCGUUUUAUGCCCACUUCUCGAAAGCAGGGACCAUGCAAGGUCCGAUCAUUUGUAUUUGGGCGAGAUGACAGCAACAGCAGGAGUUCAUAUGUGAUGUCAGAGGAUUCUUCAGAUGUGAUUCCAAGGGAGAGUCAACCACCAAAGCCGGCUUCUGCAAAGUUCCAAAGAAAUACACAGAACAGAAAUACUACCUCGAAUUCUGCAUCUAAAGAGUCAAAUGUAUCGCUUUUUGAUAUAUUAAGGAAGUCUUCACAUCAUGCAGAGCACAGUUUCCAGAAUGCCAAAGUUCAACCAAAGGAAUCAAUAUUUGAUGCAUUCAAGUUAGUGAAGAAGCCAACCAAGGUGUAG